CAAAGGCGGAGUUAAGUGUGGGAGAACUACCAUCGCCGUGGGAGACGGACACAGCCUCUUAGCAACAGACCUGAAAUCCUGAAGAGUAAGGUUACACGUCCAUACUUCAUGCAGACAGGAGCAAGUGUAUUAUCAGGGAUGAGAGAGGGUUGUACGCGCAAAAGAAGGUAGACUUGGAGAGAACGAAGAAUAUCAUAUUUGCCUGAACUCUACUUCUUUUGCAAGAAGACGGAUAUUGACGGAUACAAGUAGACCUCGGGGAUACAGCAAGACAGAGACCCCAUGUGCUUAUUGAAAAUACCACAGCUUGAGGCAAACUCGUCGGUAUAAUCCACAACCUUUCUGCGUUUGUGUAGCCUACAGAUCGUGUUUUGUCUUGACUCCGAAAAGGAAAAUGACAAAUUAUUAUACAAGGUAUUUCCAUUUAUUAUAGGGGCUUUGUUCGUAUAGGCUACUCAAUAGUAAAAACAAACUGGAUAUGUCUUUCUUUAAAAAAAUACCACCAAUGCUACAUGUUUUUGUAUGAAUUGGGGGAGAAAAUAAAGGGACAAAGAAUACACCCAAAACAAAGGAUUUGGGAGUAUUUGGGAAAGAUCAUAAGAUUCCGUGCCAAAUAUCUCGUUAAAUACAAGAAGUAACCUUCAUAAAAACCGAGAACCCGGAUUUCUAUAGCCUACAUGAUCCAUAAUAUCGAUGAAUGCACGUGAACCCCUUUGAUCACUGGAACCAACAUCUUAUCAGACGCGCUUUUGGGUGCGCUUUCACCCAGUUUUAAGCCUUUAGUACCUGCUACGACAAUUCUAAAAUCCAUAGAACGCAAUGGGUUGCUUCUGUGCUGUUCAAGAAGAAUUUUACUGCGAAGUUUUACUGUUGGAUGAAACUAAACUGACGCUAACCACUCAACAGCAAGGUAUAAAGAAGUCAACUAAGGGGUCGGUUGUCCUGGACUACGUAUUCAGCCACGUGAAUCUGGCAGAGACGGACUACUUUGGCCUGCGCUACUGUGACCGCAGCCACCAGACGUAUUGGCUAGACCCGUCGAAAACCCUGGCCGAGCACAAGGAUUUGAUAACAACAGGACCUCCUUAUACUCUCUACUUCGGUGUGAAGUUCUACACGGAGGAUCCUUGCAAGCUCAAAGAAGAAAUAACAAGGUACCAGUUCUUCCUGCAGGUGAAGCAGGAUGUUCUGCAGGGCCGCUUGCCCUGCUCCUCCGCAGUCAGCGCACAGCUGGCAGCCUUCGCCAUCCAGUCUGAGCUGGGGGAUUAUGAUCCCUACAAACACAUGGCAGGCUACGUGUCGGAGUACCGCUUCGUCCCCGAUCAAAAAGAGGAGUUGGAGGAGGCCAUCGAGCAGAUUCACAAAACUAUAACGGGUCAGGUUCCCUCCGAGGCUGAAAUUAAUUAUUUAGGAAUUGCCAAAACACUGGACAUGUAUGGAGUCGACCUUCACCCUGUAUUUGGUGAGAAGCAGUCUGAAUAUUUUCUAGGAUUAACACCUGUAGGAGUUGUUGUUUACAAGAACAAAACACAAGUGGGGAAGUACUUCUGGCCAAGGAUCACAAAAGUGCAUUUUAAGGAAACACAAUUUGAGCUUCGAGUCAUGGGGAAAGAUUGUAACGAGACAUCGUUCUUCUUCGACGCGCCCAAUAAAACAGCUUGUAAACACCUAUGGAAGUGCUGCGUGGAACACCACACAUUCUUCAGAAUGCCAGAAAAUGAUUCCAACUCAUUGACAAGAAAACUGACAAAAUUUGGUUCCCUGGGAUCAAAGCAUCGCUAUAGUGGGAAGACAGCCAUGCAGAUGGGCAGGGAUCCGUCCGUGCAGCUGCCUCGGCCCAACCUGCAGGUGCUCAGGUCUCGCAGCAAGACGUACCCGAAGAGAGUCCCAGAGCCAGCGGGAACCAACAACAUGAAUCGAUCAAACACAAAGCCUGAGAACAGAGACAGCGAAGGAACAACCAAAAUCAUUGCGCCCUCGCCCGUAAAAAGUCCUCUUGGCUCCAAGGUUUCCAAACCAGAGAGCAGUCCGGAGGCACAGCGUGGAAGGCCCAGUGCACCAUGGGAUGAAAAUGCACCACAGAGUGGUCUGUACAACUCAGCCAAUGAGCGAAACAAGUCGCCAAAAUUCCCAGCAGCAAGGAGGCGAACCCCAUCAGGAGGAAGUGAGAACGAGCCAUCUCAGCUAGCCAGACGCAGGAAAGGCCAGAACAACGAUGAUCCCGAGGCCAAACAGCAGCGGAGAAGGUCACGUUCCCGUGGCAACACCAGCAGUGGCAGUGAGUCAGAGAACUCCAGCAGGGAUCAUCGGAAGAAAAGAAACAGGUCUCGGCAGGAGAACGAGAUGGUGGACUCCGCCCCUCAGUGGGAAGCUGUGCUCCGUCGGCAGAAGGAGAGAUCGCAGAAUGACCCAAACUACCGCCGGUCCAGACACCGGUCCCGAUCGAGAAGUCCAGAUGUCCAGGCUAAAGAACAACUGUGGAAACACAUUCAGAAAGAACUGGUGGAUCCCUCAGGUCUCACUGAAGAGCAACUGAAGGAAAUCCCCUAUAAGAAAGUCGAGACUCAAGGUGACCCUAUCCGAAUACGACACUCCCACUCGCCCAGGAGCUUCCGUCAGUACAGGAGGUCCCAGUGUUCAGAUGGGGAGAGAUCUGUGCUCUCAGAGGUCAACUCUCGGACAGACCUGGUGCCCCCCCUGCCCGUCACCCGCGCAGCCGAUGCCCACGGCUCAGGUGUCCCUCCCGCCCAACAGAAAAAGAAUGAAUCCAAAGAUAGCCUCUCAGAAAGCCGAGACCUGGAGAUCAAAGGCAGCAGCAAGGCGGUAAAGAGCGUUCACACUCCCAAAACCAAGACGUGACCACCGUUUUCACCCAGACAGAGAGAGGGUCUGCUGUUGCUUCAGGGCAGAAACAGUGGAACAAAAACCCAGCUGGAGGGACCACGGAUUGUACCGGAAGCACCACCGCAUUCAAGUGCUUUACUGUCAUUGAAGUUUUCCUGUGUAUAUUUUAGGUAAUGCAUGGCUGCUCAUUGAAUAAUUCAGGAGGACUCUAUAGUGUAGAAAAUGUGUGUAGAUUUGGAUGCUUCCAUUCUCACUCCUGUUCCGGUGAUCUCAUUGUUGUCAGGACCGUAAGGACUUCACUAACACUGCCGACCUUCCCACACUGCAUCCAGCGUGCAGCAUGGCUAGCAUGCAUGGCUGCCACAGUCCGUAAAAAAAGAGGUCAUUCUUUGCAUUUCACAGCUUUCUCUCAACAGUUUGUUGUUGUGUGAUGCUGCCCGGUCAGUAGUUCAAGCAGUUCGAUUGUAGCUGUGUUGAUGUUCAGAUGAUGGACUUAAAGGAUAUACCCCAGAUGCAGCGUGCCAAAGGACUUAAGGGGUGCUUUUGUUGCAAUGACCUUCACGUGGUUCAACCUCAGUUCCGUACAGUAUUAAACAUGGUGUUUCAUGCAGAUGUUGCAGCUUUACAUCAGGAUAGCCUGAGUGUUAAAUAUGGUUGAGUGUUCCGUCUCUUUCUACUGUAGGACCUUUGCUGCCGUAGCCUGACUAUUGCACAUUGAUGGCGGUUUGUUUAGCCGUUUCAUUCAAAUCACUCAAUGUCAUCGUUGAAAUAGAGUUUCAGUCACCCUGAAUAAAUGCAUCCCCCUCUGCUACA